AAAACUCAGCUCCUCUCUGUAGUGUGUGUGGAGACAAGCGAGGAGGCAGGGUGAGAGAGAGAAAAAAAACUUUCCUCUGGAACACAUCAACCAUUGCAGUUUGUCCCUCUGUGUAAACACAGCUCUGGAUCAUGCACCUGGGAGAGCAGCAGACCUUUCUGCCUCAGCACAGCUUAUAUUUGUAAUUCUUCAGCACUGAGCGCAGUUUCCGGAUAUCAGCUCCACUGUGUUUUUUUGGAGGAAGAUUUGCUCUGCAUCUGUUGGGAUUUUUUCCGUUUAUCUGUGAUAACUUGCACUCCGACUAUUAAUUCAUCUUCAUACAAGCUGCAGACACAACUACAACAUGGAGACACAGUGAUAACAAGGAUGAAAUCUUCGCAUGCAGGGAGAAGUUGAGCUCUGUGCUCGAGUUCAACAGGGCCACUUCCUGAUGAUGACAGUAAACAUGGAUGACGGUCUCCAAAAUGGACCCGGACAGCACAGAAACUCACAAGAUGACGAGGAGGCGCUUAACUCCAUUAUGAAGGACCUGGCAGCCCUGGGCCGCUGCUACACCCAGCACAACAGCCACAAGCCCAAGAACAGAACCUUACUCUACAGACAGGAUUUAAGAGUCAAGCUGGAGCAUGAGAGAGAAAAACGAAUAAUCCCGUUCCAGAGGCCGCUGAAGAUCAAGGAGCUGCUGCAGAAAGUGACCGAGGCCUUUGGUCAGCAGUUGGACAUGUUCUUCAUGGAAAAAGAGCUGCUGCUGCCCCUGAAGACCCAGGAGGACCUGGAUCAGGCGGUGCUGACGUUGAGCUGCAGCUCUGGGGCCAACGGGCUGCUCAGGAUACUGCUAAAGAACCCUAAGAACAACCAUUACCUACAGGUGAACAGCAGGGACAAACAGAGCGAGAUGAGGUCAUCGCGGUCACUGGGAGAUCUGAAGGGCUCCCUGCUCAAGGGCUCCGAGAGGGUGCGCAAACACUCGACAGGUUCCUUGCACACAGGGCGGACGUCCCCGCCUCCUGGCAGCGUCCCCGAGGAGCAGCAGCAGAUUGCCCGCCAGGGCUCCUACACCAGCAUCCACAGUGAAGGGGAGUUCAUCCCUGAGACCCAGGACCAGAAUAUGCUGGAUCCCUUCGGGAGUGCAGACAACUCACUGUCGAGCAGCUGUCAAUCAAUAGAUCAAGCACUGGACAGUCCUCCUUUCUCGCAGAACAACCGUGACAAUAAUUACCUGAACCUCAACUAUGAAUACAAAGGUCGCCAUGGUAAAGGAGGGACUUUCCCUCGCCAGUUCCAGUUGCCCAAUCGCAGCAAGGAUUAUGGAGACCGUCGUAGGACACUUCCGCGCAGCUUCAUGCCACAGGAGAACCUGUUUCAGCUGGUUCCCUCCAGUCGCACGCGCAGUUAUAAUGGAGACAGUACGCUGCAGUACAGCGACCUGCGCUCACUGGGCCGCACCGCUGACAAAAGCUGCCAGCGUGGAACAGCCAAGUCGCCACGGGCGCCAGUCAACUGGCGACAAGGAAAGCUCCUGGGGCGCGGGGCGUUUGGGGAGGUCUACCUCUGUUACGACGCCGACACAGGGCGCGAGCUGGCCGCCAAGCAGGUGCCCUUUGAUACCGACUGUCAAGAAACCAGCAAGGAGGUGAACGCUUUGGAGUGUGAGAUUCAGCUGCUAAAGAAUCUGCGUCACGAGCGGAUUGUUCAGUACUAUGGUUGUCUUCGGGACCUUGAGCAGAAGAAACUCACCAUUUUUGUGGAGUUUAUGCCCGGGGGUUCAAUAAAGGACCAGCUAAAGGCCUAUGGGGCGCUGACAGAGAAGGUGACAAGGAGAUACACGCGGCAGAUCCUCCAAGGAGUGUCUUACCUGCACAGCAACAUGAUUGUACACAGAGACAUCAAAGGUGCUAACAUCCUGAGGGACUCCUCGGGGAACGUGAAGCUGGGCGACUUUGGAGCCAGCAAACGUAUCCAGACCAUCUGCAUGUCUGGUACAGGAAUCAAGUCCGUCACUGGCACCCCCUACUGGAUGAGCCCUGAAGUCAUCAAUGGGGAGGGCUAUGGCCGCAAAGCUGAUGUAUGGAGUGUCGCCUGCACUGUUGUGGAAAUGCUGACCCAGAAACCUCCGUGGGCCGAGUACGAGGCCAUGGCAGCCAUUUUUAAGAUCGCCACCCAGCCUACAAAGCCUAUGCUUCCUGAGGGUGUGUCCGACGCGUGUAGGGACUUCCUGCGGCAGGUGUUUGUGGAGGAGAAGUGGCGGCCGACUGCAGACGUUCUGCUCAGCCACCCGUUCGUCCAGGGAAGCUUCUGAGCCCUGCGGACCCCCUUCCCCUCCCCUGCCUGCCUACGAGGCCUCCGAGACACCGGCGCCUCCCCUCCUCUCCGGCCCGCCCCGUCCCCAGGGCCCUUCCCCCUCUCUUGGUCACCAGGCUCCAGGGCUCAGCAUCACUCCAGCUUUCUGCCCUGUCAUCUAUCACCAGUGUCAGCCUUGUCAGGACCCCUGCAUCUCUCACCAACUAGCUCAACCCGGAUCGCUCACUGAGAGGCCAGGUUGACUGCUGUCAGACCUCCAGAGUCCUCCGAGGCGUCGCAGUGUGUUUCCCCAGGAGGAGACUGACGGGAAAGCACUUAGCAGUCUCACACGCUACAGACUGCUGUCCUUUAACAAGAGCAAGAAAGAGGCCAAAGUUAGAGAGCAGUGACGUCUCAGGCUCUCUGGGUCUUUGCUCAUUUACUGCCGCAGAACAGUGUUGAGGUUUGGCUUAUGUGAUCAUGACUGACUGGUGACAUUGAUCACAUCUGAUAGUACUGUAAGUUACUCACCAGCCCUCAUUAGCUGUGUGUGGAACUAAGAUGGCAAAAUAUUUUUAUACGGCUUACAAUAACGCAUACAGUCAUCUUAGCCGAUGAGUUUUCUAUUGUCACCUGCAAAAUGUAAAUGUAUUUUUGUCAACGCCUUACAAUAAGACUUUGUAAGUAGAAUGUCUUUUUUUUAAACAUCUUAGAGGGGUUGCAUUACCCAACUUUCAUGGCACUCAGAACCCCAUUUAGAAGGAUUGUCAAUAUUGCACUUUUGAUAUCAUGCAUUGAAACAUUUCCAACAUGCAGGAUAAUCAACCAAGGAGAUAUUUUUCUAUUUGAAGCAUUUUUUGUAUAAUUUCUUAAAGAAGAAUUGUGUAGUGUAA